AGUUAACUUAGAAUGGGAGACAACAGAUCAGUUCAGAGGGCAUGUGGUCAAAACAAUAUAAUCUUUUCUAAUUGUCUUUGAUGUAGUGUGACUAAAACAAUUUUCUUUUUUCUCUCAUCACUUGGUUAGAAGAAGGUUAAGACGCAUGAAGGUGGGGACACCAAAAAAUGGGCUCAGUACAUUUUACCCAUGUCGUGAAUUGAACACUGGGUGUUUGGCAUGAUGAGUCCCUGCCACCCAUCUGCCCUACCUCAUUGCCAGAUUGUGAUGAGAGAUUAGUGUAGAGUAUUUAAAGUACAAUCUGAACUUUGAUGAGAAACAAGAAUUACUUUACAUCUGGCCUCAUAGUGUUCUUUUUUCUCGAAACAAAGAUCCAGUAGAUAUUGAAGACUUGCCCUCUGAACAAACAUGCUAAAGUGUAAUGAUAUAGAUAGACAUACCUCAGGUCAGUAGGGCAUAAGGUAGGAGAAGUCUUCCUUGUAUCAGGACUUUAAGGUAAGUGAUGCAUGCUGGGUGAUCAUGUAGUUGUGUGGACUUUCUCAGAAGUUAGAAACUUUAGAUGUGAGAAAAGACUACAUCUGGCAUGUUGAAGAUGUGAAAGUAGCUUCAUAGAUAAAGACGUCUUAUGCAUGAUAUAAGCAUCCUACUUGGAUGGUUUAUGUUGGGUGUACUCUAUCUGAAGUAAUAUUUUUGUAGUAUUGUGCAUGAUUUAUAUAAAGCAUGUUGCAUGUGUUUUUCUUUUGCAUGUUCCCUGCUUUGUUCAGCUGGGUGAAGAUGAUGUUGGGAACAGCUGCACAGAUGAUCUGCAUGAACCACUACAUGAUUCCCCCAAACAGCCUAAGUUAGCUGAUCUUGGUAGAUGGCAGACGACAUGCCUUGAUUUGAGUGAAAUAUCUGAGAAAGAUGAGAGCUACAGUUUGUCCUUUGAAGAUGAAGACACUUGUGAGGAAGAGGUGGUGGAAGAGGUUGUGGAAGAGCUAGAUGAAGAAGUGGAGGAGGAGAAAGGUUUUGAAGAACAGUGUAAUGAAAUGUUCUCCCCCAGAGCAGGACUGAUGGUGGAUGAUGGUGGAGCUGUGAUGACACAGCAGUAUGUGGAGGACGAGCAUGAGAGAAGGGAUAAGAAUGACGAGGAGGAGGGGGAUGGAGGUGGUGGGGAUAUGUCAUUUGGAAAUGGUGGCAUUAUUCCUCAUGACACUGUUCAUUUGACAGAUGGCACAGAAUUUGAGAGAGAACUAGAUGAUGCACAUACUAGAAAUUUCCAAGUUGAGAGUAUUUGUGAUGAUCCUAAAGAAGUAUUCAGUAGUGAACAUCUGAUAGAUGAAAAUAUGUCUGUCACAUACUGCGUUGAACAGAAUCACAAAUUGCAGACAGAUACUGUUCCCUUUAAUUGGUCUAUUCUAGAAAAUGCAAAGUCAGCUAGUUUGUCAGGCACUUACACUCUUGAAAGCAGUUUGAAUCAAAGAGACUCAGGCGAUGUACACAUUGCAGGUUUUAAUGGUGAUAAUAUGAAGGAUCGCUGGGGUAAACUGGAUGUCUCUCCAGAUGCCAGCCUGGAUGCAGCAUCUACAGACCGUCACUUGGACUGGACCAGUGAAGAUUACCUCAGUGACACUUCCUCAUCAGAGUCUAGGGAGAUGCAAGGACUCAUGGAUGAAUAUGAGAAACUUGUUAAAGAAGAAUCUGAGGAAGAACUGUACACAGACUUGAAAACUGAACUUGCUGAAGCUAUUGCUAAUGAUGAUAUCCUGGGUGGCGAUGGAGUCAAGGAUGGGCUUGAGAUGAACAGCAGUCAACAUUCUGAUGACAUUCAGCAGCAGUUUGCAUUUGAUGGCAACUUUGAUGGGGAGAGAGAAUCUUGUCAGUCUCACAACAGCUCCUAUAGAGACUAUUGCAUCAGUGUAUUUGAUAGCUCAGCUGAAUAUGACAGGUCCCCUGUGCAAGUUGAAUCCCCAAGGACCUUGAAGUCAGAAGGUGAAGAGAACAGUGAGUGUUUGUUGACUAUACCACGACUCACACUGCCUAGUGAUCUGGGAGCCAGUUCUACGCUCACCUCAUCUGAGAGAAAAGAAAUAACAGAUGAACAAAAUGACACUGAAAGUGCAAAGUUUGCUUCUUCUUGCUCUAUACUUUCUGAAACAGAUAAUAAGAGUGAACAUGAUGCCCUUAAACAUUUAGUGUCAGAUGCAGUCAGAAGUUUCAUAGAUGAUGCAUCCAAUCAGCAGGAUACUGGCAAUGGGUAUCUCCCACACGUGACCAGUCCCCCUCUGGGUGGGCAUGAUGAUGUCUUCCACUGUCAGGACAUCAUCUAUCCUAGUUCCCCUCAACAAGCGAUUCAUGUGGGAGAUAUGGGAGACUUCCAAGGUAUUGAUGAAUUACCAGUCCCAACAGAAGAGCAUGUAAUCUUUGCACCUGAAUUUGAUGAAGAUAUUUUGCCGAGGGUUGCUGAUGAAGAACUUGAGAAUGCAGAGCUUGGAGAGGAUGUACUUUUCUUCAUACCUGGCACAAUGGAAUCUAUUGAUGAAGCCUCGAGUCAUGAUAUACAUGAAGCAAGGGACCAACAUUACUCCAUCAGUUCAGAGGAGCAAUUGAUACAGGAGGCUACAAGUGAGGAUCAAGCAACACCCCAGGAACUUGAUCAAGAAAAUCAUGCAAAUCCAGAAUGUCUGAAAGGUGUGGUGAAGCAAGGGUGUCUGCUGUCAAAAGAGUUCAACAUGUUCUACAUGGGCGAGGAAGGAAGUAUCAACAAUAACAGUGACAAGGAGCCAGAUGUAAAUGAAUGCCAAGCAAAUGAGGACAUCACAAUGACUCCUGUAUACCAUAGGACAGACAUGCAAGAAAUGAACCACACUGGAUUAGCAGACAGCUUUGGUAGCAGCAGCAGAUUCUGUGAUAGGGCCCAGGCUAAGACAAAAUCACAGCCCUUGUCUUUUCAAUCUGUUUUAUUAGAAAUUAGUCAGAGAGGUAAAAAGAUGAAAGACAACAUUACUUAUGGCCUGAAAGAACAUCCAGAAUCAGAAUAUGGCAAUAACAAUAAACCAACAAUGACAUCAAGCUCACAUGAGAAACCCAGUGUGGUCUCAAACAUUUUGCCACAGUCAAAAGAAGUUUCAAAGACAGAUCCAGCCCAGCAGAAAUUUGAUGUGUCACCAAGAUUAAGUUCACCUAAAAACGAGACAGGCAAGAAUAUUCUUAAAGGAUCAGCAUCUUCUUUCCUUGGUAACUUUGUAAAACAGAUCAGCAAAGUGGAAGAUACAUCUCUUGAGUUCCCAAGAAGUACUUUGUCUGACCAUGGGAAUGGUCCUAAGACUGGACAAGCUACUGUGUCAGGUCUGAAGAAGAUGGGGAGUAAAUCAUCAUUUGAGGCCUGCAGCAGUGAUGAGGCAAAGAUAGAAUCUAUCAUGAGCAGCAUGUCUACAAUUCCUCCUGUACUGAGUUCAUGGAAGGCAAAGUGUGCUGCUGCAGCAGCUUUGGCAGAAAAGGAAGAUCAGGAUGUGGUUGCCCAUAAGAAUCCAGUCAUUACCCAGGCAUUUGGUCAAGUUGUCUCACAGCUUAAGGAACAUAAGGAUACCACUCACAAGAAGAGAAAGGUUUACAGUAAAAGGCAAGAAGAGUUAUGUGUCAGUCAACUGACUGAACACUUUGCUCAGGUAAAGGUCAUGGGUAAGCCUGGAAUUAGGGUGCAUGAAUCACAGGAACAGCAGUUUAGUAGGGAUCAAACUGGUAUUCAAGUCCUCAUCAAUGACGAGGAUGCUGAAACAUCCAAAUUUGUAUUAGAGUUACAAGAAUUAGCAAACAUGCAAAUUGUGUCAGGACACAACAUAGAAGAUGUUUCCAUCAGGCCAAAUGCCCCAAGGAAAAUGUUGGAAUCAUUUUUCACAAAUCUUGUUGCAAAUCAGGGAAAGGAAUCUAAACAAGUAAAGACUAUUGAAAGUGUGAAAAAACAAGUGCCUGUUAUGAAGACAGAAGAGAAAGAAACAACAGAAAGACAUCGGUCUGUGGCUGAAAGAGUGUCAAUGUUCCAGACUGUUGUCUCAAGUAAUCAGAAGAGCGACACCAAUAGCAAGUUAACAGGUACUUCAUCAAUUAAGCAGAGCUUAUCAAACCUCUUGAAUGAUCUGAAAAGUAAAGGCAAGACAGUAACCCCCGAACCCAAAUGUAUGACAGUAACCAAGGAACAGGCAACUGAUGGAUACCAGGAACCAAAAUCUAAUUUCCUUCGUCAAAGACGUCUCAGUCUAAUGAAAAAGGAGAAUGAGGCUGAAAUUGAAUCUGCUGAUGUGAAAGAUUCAAGUACAACAAGCGAAAUAGAACAGAAACUUGCUAAUCUGCUGAGCAGCAUGACAAAUUCCCCACGUAGGACAAGUGAGGCAAAUGUACAUCCAAUACAAAGCUCAACCCAGAAUUCUGGUGUCGCUGAAAAGAGUGAUGCUGCUGAGACCACAACAGAAAGUCCAAGGACUUUCUUUGAAAAUUUCCUGAAGCAAAGACCUUCAAAAACAAAGAAUGAGGCAACAAGUGUUGUGCCUUCUGACAACUCACUGACACAGAAAACUGAAGUAUGGACAACAAAGCCAAACCUCAGUUUAUGUUCCCAAUAUACUUCUAAGAAAUCUGUCACACUGAAACCUCAGGGAUUGCAAGAUGAUGGGAGAGAGACAUUCUGUAAAGAACAGACAAAAGCUGUUAACAGAGUGUCCAAGACAUUUCCACCUCAUUUGACAGAAACAGUUAUUACACAGGCCAAGUGCCAGGUUAAUGCACUGCCAAUAGCAUCAAUGCGCAGUACCAAGUGUGUGCCAGACAGGUCAGCUAAUACACAUAGUGAUCAGACACACAGAAUUGAGCAGGCUCUCACACCUCAAUCAGUAAAUGUAAAACCCUUAAAAUUCAAGCAAACUGAUGUUUGUGAUGGUAAAAAAGUUAAUAGGAUUGUAGUACAAGAACAAGAGCCAUCUACCACAGACUUUGAUUCCUCACCCUCCAUCCCACAAACCUCAUCUCAUCUUGGUCCCAUUCCUCAAAUCUCCUCAUAUCUUAAAGUCAAGUCAUUUGAAAUGCUAGCUCAAAGUUUUGACGAGGAGAUUGGAAAUAUAUCGUUCUCAGAGGACAACGGUGACCUUCACUUAAACCUAUCAGAUCUCAACGAACCUUGCUGUGCUCAAAGCACACCACGAAACCGCCAAUUCUUUAGGAACAGCAGUACUUUCUUCAAUCUGACACCCAGAUCAGAUGGGGAAGAUGGGACAGAGUUCAACUCGCCGAGGAUCUCAAACAUUGUUCCAAAGGCAUGGGGCCCAGAUGGAGCAAGGGAAAUUACUGUGACAGUUAAACCUAGUCCACCAUGCACAGAUGUGUUGAUGAACCUUUCACCCAGGUCAUACAGAACCUCUGACCAAGACUCCCAGGAUGACUCCCCAAGAGAAAAAAAACAUCAGACAAGGCAUGCCAGACGUCCAAGAAAACCAGUAGUUACAACCAUUAGAAGCAAGUUUGAGAAUGAGGUAGAUAAGGUGCCAGAGGAGAAGCCUGAGCCUGGCGUGAAGUCUGGACACAGGCAAUAUGAUACAUGGUCAGGGAAAGCUCCAUCCUUGAGGGAACUGGUAAUGGAGGCUGAUGAAGAAGAGCAGAAACCCAAGCUCAGGAACCAACUAAAUGGUGAUACAAAGUCAUGGCAGAGGGAGUUACAGACCCAGCUGAACAUGCGGAAUUGUCGCUUGUCUGACCCAAGCUCCCCGAGAAGAAGUCAGAGUGAAUCUAGAAGGAGCCAAAGGAGAGAGAGAAUCAUGAGUGCAGAGGUACCCUCCUUUAAGUCAACAUGUGAUGUUUCAUCAUCCAAGUCCUCAUGGUUCAGCUCAUCGGAUGUCUCCAAAGGACAACAAUUCAGCAGUCUUCCAAGAAAAUGCUCAUCUCCGAGCUGCUCUGUCAGCUCGUACAGCUUGAGUCAGGACAAUGACGAUAUAGACUGGGCACAAAGAUCCUCACAGUCUUCAAAAACCGAACUACAGUCACCUCAUCAGGUGGGAAGUAUGCCAGAUUUAUCUCCAACAGGGAGCUCUCAGCACCUGAACAGGCCAAGGGAAACAAUCAGUGAGAGUUUCACUCGUACAACCAGUGUUCAGAAUGUGUAUUCUAUGAGUCGACCUCAGUAUGUGUCCUCCAAGAGUAGUUUAUUUAGUCUCUCAUCUAGGGGGAGUACCGACAGUUUGGUGCACAGAAAUGUUAAUUCUUCAAUGAGAAAGUAUUCUAGUAGUUCAUCAGCAAGAGCCAGUCAGGACAGCCUACUUAUGGAUGAGUUUGAAGAUGAACAGAUACGGAAACAACAAAAGAUUUCACCACCAAGAACAAGUCUUGAGAGUUUAGCUGAAGAAAUUGAUACAAAUAUGAGAGUUUCUAAUACUGACAGUCCCAGGUAUAAAACAAACUUUAAUACAGUACCUCGGAACUUUAAGUCUAGGACGCCAGAAAAGGCUUUGUUUAAAAGUUCAUCAGUAGAUCAGAGGAAAGGAACACAAAAACUUCCAACUUCAAGUGUUGGUACAUCAAAUACAGGAAUAUCUGUACAUGGUUCACAUUACAAAAACUAUGAGGUCUCAUCAGAAGUAAAGGAACUCAGUAAAAUGUCUUCUGGAGGUAACAAACAGGAGAAAACGCAACAAAACUUUCACCAUAUAAAGGACAGGUUCUCCAAAGAUGAAGAAGAUGGUCCGCUAAAACAUUCAGAGAAGGUUUUGAUACCAAGCAGAAAAAGUCUUCUGGAUAAAUUUGAGAGGUUGCAGAAGGAAAUAUCAGAGGAUAACACAGCACAAAGUAAGUUGGAAGUCGAUCGGUGUCUCAGGAGGACUUCUUCAGGGGAGCAUUUGGCACAGGUUCAGAAGAAGUUGCUUGACCGCAGAGAGAGGAAGACUUUGCCUGAGAACAGGCCUCCUGCCAUGACAAACACUAAUAGAUGUGCCUUGAUCAGAGAAAAGUUUGAGAAACUGACAAAGGCCUUUGAUUGUGAUGAGUUUUCUAAAGUAGAGGACAUGAAAAAUAGGACAAGAGAUAGACUGAGGAGACUUUCAUCAGGACUUAAUGUCUCUGAUAUCCAGAAGAAAUUCUCAGCUGAUAGCAGUGAGCCCCAGACAUUUCAGAGGAGGACUGUGAGACCAGGUUCAAGGUCUGUGUCAGAGCUCUUUCUGCACUUCGAGAAGGGCAGAGAUGAGAGCAUGGAGAGACCACAUUCCAGCAUCACCAGAAGAAAGGAAGAACCGAAGAGAUGGUCAUCUGAUGUACCAAGUUUUUACAGGAACCAGGGAAGCCAUGACAUGUCUAAUAGUGACAGAGUUACAACUUCUUCAAGUGAUGACCAGACUUCAGAUGACAUGGAAACAAAUAAUUCACAUCAGACAAGUUAUGACUGUUGCCUGGACAAGCGCGGCCACAGGUCCCAGCGAUCUGCGGCCAACAUGAACUUCAAGCAGCUGGCUGCUGUUGUGCGACACGCUGAGGACUCCGAGAUCAACAAGCAGGCCAUAAACUGAAACUAAGUUCUUUGUGCAUGUGUUUGAACUAUACACAUUCAAGUCAUUAUGACAAAUAUGCAAUUCUCAGAUUGCUUUAAUAACAUUUAUUUAUUUUUCUAAUGUUUUAAUUGGAUAUUUUGUAUGUGAUAUACCGCUAGUGUGUCUUCGCCUAGUUAAGGACAUGGGUCAUUCACAAUCUCCAUGUUAACAGUUUUGUUUUCAUCCUCAUUACCUGUUGGUUAUUUAGUAGUAUGUUGUAUUGUUCUGUGAUAUUUUGCAUUGUUUUGUAUUAUUGACAAUAUUUAUUAUGAUAUUUAUUCAAAAUAAACUUUUUUCUUUUAA